CGGACCCCUCGUUCAUUGUCAGGUGCGGCAGCCGUGUGGUGUGGUGUGAUUGAAGUUUUGAUUACUUCAGUAAUUUUAGUUAAAGUACUCAGUAUUGUUUUAUCUUCUCCAUCGUCAUGGCUUUGCACGUACCGAAGGCGCCGGGCUUUGCCCAGAUGAUGAAAGAAGGAGCUCGGCAUUUCUCUGGUUUGGAAGAGGCUGUUUAUCGUAACAUAGGUGCCUGCAAAGAGUUUGCCAAGACAGUUCGCACUGCCUAUGGCCCCAAUGGUAUGAAUAAGAUGGUGAUUAACCACAUUGAGAAGCUCUUUGUGACCAGUGAUGCUGGCACAAUUAUUCGGGAAUUAGACGUUGAACAUCCAGCUGCUAAGCUUAUGGUGUUAGCAGCUCAGAUGAUGGAACAAGAAGUUGGAGAUGGCACAAAUUUUGUCAUUAUCUUUUGUGGUGCGCUUUUAGAAGGAGCAGAGGAAUUGCUGCGCAUGGGUUUGACACCUUCUGAAAUAUCUGAAGGUUUUGAACUAGCCCUCGAUAAAGCUCUUGAGGUCCUUCCUUCUCUUGUUGUUGAUAAAGUUGAGGAUGUGAGAAAUGAGGCUCAGGUCAUGAAGGCCCUCAGAACUGCUAUUAUGAGCAAACAGUAUGGCCAAGAGGAUUUCAUUUCACAGCUUAUUGGAAAAGCCUGCAUUUCUGUCUUGCCUGAAGGUGGUUCUUUCAAUGUCGAUAAUGUUCGAGUAUGCAAAAUUCUGGGCUCGGGGCUUAAUAACUCAUCAGUUGUUCAAGGCAUGGUAUUUAAGCGCCAGGUUGAAGGUGACAUCAGCAAAAAAACUAAAGCAAAAAUUGUUAUCUACACCUGUGCAAUUGACAUAAUGCAAACAGAAACCAAGGGUACAGUGUUGAUUAAAAAUGCUGAUGAACUGAAGAACUUCUCUAGAGGUGAAGAGAGUAUGCUAGAAAGUCAAAUCAAGGCUAUAGCUGAUGCUGGAGCUGAUGUUGUAGUUGGUGGUGCCAAGUUUGGUGAUAUGGCUCUCCACUACUUGAAUAAGUAUGGCCUGAUGGGUGUCCGUCUUACCAGCAAGUGGGAUCUUCGUAGGCUUUGCAAGGCUGUUGGUGCCACAGCGUUGCCCCGAAUGACUGCGCCCACUAAGGAGGAGUUGGGUUAUGCUGAUAUUGUUUGUGUUGAUGAAGUUGGUGACACAGAUGUAGUUGUAUUCCGCUUGGAAGGAAAGGAAUCACGUGUGUCAACUAUUGUUGUUCGCGGUGCUACCAAUAAUUACAUGGAUGAUGUAGAAAGAGCUAUUGACGAUGGAGUAAACACAUUCAAAGGUGUCUCUAAGGACGGGCGUUUGGUAGCGGGUGCUAGUGCAACAGAGAUUGAGCUUGCCAGACAAUUGACGUCGUAUGGUGACACUAGACCUGGUCUUGAACAGUAUGCUGUCAAGAAAUUUGCUGUUGCCCUGGAAGGGUUUGCCAAAAUUUUAGCUGAAAAUACUGGUGUGAAAGCCAAUGAACUUGUCUCCAAACUUUAUGCUGCCCAUGAGGAAGGUCAAAAAACAGCUGGGUUUGACAUCAAUGCUGAAACUGCUAGUGUGUGUGAUGCUGUCACGGCAAACAUUCUAGACCUCUACUUAACCAAAAUGUGGGGUAUGAAAUAUGCAACCAAUGCCGCCUGCACUAUUUUGAAAGUUGACCAAAUUAUUAUGGCCAAGAGGGCAGGGGGACCUAGACCCCCCCAGCAAGGUGGUGCUGACAAUGACGAAGACUAAAUGUUUAGUUCAGAAAUAUACACUUCACCUUCAUGUUAACUUGCUAUUGCUAUUUAUUCUGGGCCUCUUAUCUAAAUUGUUACAUGAAUUAUCAUCCAUGAUACAUGUGUGCCUUCACCCAGUGCUUCAUAAGACUCUGUUUACAAUGCGUUUGUGAUCUAACUUUUAUAGAAUAAAUCAACUACUUACAUUUAUUAA